CUGCCCGUUGACAUUGUAACGAGCCGCCCGGCGACACCCCUAGUCUCCCUCAUCGAUCCUCUCAGCGACCUUGAUGGAUGCGCGCUGACCAUGUCUUUUCGAUAUGGCCCGCGUUUUCUGGCCAUCUACCUUACGCUUGCCAACGUCUUGAUACCUUUAGCCAUUGUUGUUUUUGCGACUGGCUUCUUCCCGUACAAACCUGUCCUUCCAGGUCUGGCCGAGUACGAGAACCUUGAAUAUGGCCCGCCUCCAGCAGCGCCAUUUGAUCGACUAAUCUUCAUGAUUGUCGAUGCUCUAAGAAGUGACUUUGUAUACGCCGAAGGCACCGGCUUUACAUACACUCAAGAGUUGAUCCGCGAUGGCGCUGCCCUUCCAUUUACUGCCAACGCUCGGUCACCAACUGUCACAAUGCCCAGAAUCAAGGCUAUCACCACCGGCUCCAUUCCGUCCUUCUUGGACGUGAUUCUGAAUCUCGAUGAGGGAGAUACGUCCUCCACUCUUGCCGCUCAGGACACCUGGUUAGCCCAGAUGAAGGCCAAGCAGUCGGGCAAAUUAGUCAUGUAUGGCGAUGACACUUGGCUGAAGCUCUUUCCGGGGACUUUCGACCGCGCCGACGGCACGACAAGUUUCUUUGUUUCGGACUUCACGGAAGUGGACAACAACGUGACUAGGCAUGUCGAUGCUGAGCUGAAGAACGAUGACUGGAAUACACUGAUUUUACAUUACCUCGGCUUGGAUCACAUUGGUCAUAAAUCUGGACCGCGGAGCUCUCAUAUGGUACCCAAACAGCAUGAGAUGGACGACAUCGUCAAGCGUGUGUAUCAGGCCAUGGAGACGCGAGACCAAUUGUCCUCAACUCUCAUGGUGCUUUGCGGAGACCACGGCAUGAACGAUGCUGGCAAUCAUGGCGCAUCCUCUCCAGGCGAAACAUCACCCGCCUUAGUCUUCAUAUCACCAAAGCUCAAGGCCUUGCAGAGAUAUCAAGUAUCCCCUCUCGAGUACAAAGAGGACUUCCUAUAUCAUACCAAGGUUGAGCAGUCGGAUCUAGCACCGACUCUGGGCGCAUUACUAGGCUUCCCAGUACCACAGAACAACCUUGGCGCCUUUAUCGCUGACUUCUUGCCGUUCUGGUCCAAGAAGAAUGAUCAAAUUCAACUACUUGUACGCAACGCUCGACAGAUCUUGAAAAUCGUCACGGCCACAUUCGGCACGAGCACAUUUGACACCGCAUCAUCCUCCACGCAAACAAUUUGCGCAAACCCACAAGAUGAAGCGCAAGAGCUCGCUUGUGAAUGGCACAAAGUGAAUGACGGACUCAAAGCCAUGGAGGACAAGGAGGAGAUCGACCAGGCAUGGCUCGAGGCCAUGUCCAAAUGGUUGAGUCGAGCUCAGGAUCUCAUGAGCACCAUGGCUAGCAAUUAUGAUAUGACAAGACUGCACCUCGGCGAAGCCGUGACUGCUCUCGUCACUUGUCCACUACUCUUUGGCGCGCGGCCAAGCCUCAUUCCCUUGCUCAUCAUUACAAUAGCGUACGGCAUCAUGAUGUUUGCCAGCAGUUACGUUGAAGAAGAGCAGCACUUCUGGUACUGGUCAACGUCGGCCUGGUUUGGCUCACUUGCUAUCAAGAAACUACGAACCACUCGAGCACAUUUGCAAACAGUUGGUCUAUUUUUGUUUGCUCUAAUAGCGACCAGACUUGUUCGGGGGUGGAAUCAAACGGGGCAGAAGCAUGCCGGCGAGCCAGAUAUCGUCAAGACUUUUAUCGCAUCCAACCCCCCUCUCCUCUGGACACUGGUGAGCGCGACCUACGGCUACCUUUUUGUCCAAAUAGCCCGGAGGCUCCGCGGCCUGCCCCUCGUAGCAUCUUUGGUCUUGUCUGGCACGGUGGUGCUAGCCGCUUACACGUUCAAGUUGGCCUUCACUCUUGAAGACUCGCCGGAGCUCGUCGUUGGCACGUCAGCCGUCAUCAACACUGCGUUCCGGGGCAUAUCCUUGGUAGCCAGGGCCAGGAUCGUCUUCGCUGGUCUAGGAGUACUUGCGGGCUUUUCAUCAUACCUUGCUCUCGCCAAACCAAACGAAGCAUCCCAGGCCGCCCAGCUCCUGCAUCAUCUCAUAACCCUUUUCGCAGCAACCCAAUCCCGCGUAACAAACAUUCCCCUUCUCCUCCUCUUCAACUUCCAACUCCUCUUCCUCUCCUCUCUCGACGUCGACCUCCCCACCAUAUCUGCGUCAUCUCUCUUGCUACAGUAUACCUCCUUCUUUGCCUUCGGCGGUACGAACGCAAUCUCAUCCGUCGACCUCUCGAGCGCCUAUAACGGCGUGGCCGGCUUCAGCGUUGGCGCCGUUGGCGUCCUCACCUUCGUCAGCAACUGGGCGGGGCCAAUCUACUGGACAUCCGCCACGAACUUAUUGCUCCUCAGAUACCGCAAAGUCCAUGAUGGGCGGAACGUGUUUUUGAGACACAUCAGCCACUUGACGCUCUUCACUACAUGUAGCAUGCUGUUGGUCAUGGUUGCUUGCCAGGUUCUCAGAACUCAUCUUUUUGUAUGGACCGUUUUCUCGCCCAAGUAUCUGUACAGCAUGGCGUGGAGUAUCGGACAGCACUUGGGCAUGAACAUCGUGGUGGCUGGCUUGCUGUACAAAUUGGGGUCGUCAUAG